AUGCCCUACCUUACACAUUGGAGAGUCUGGCCGGGCUGCAAGGAAUGGAGCCACAGUGAGCCGAACAAGGAGUGCAAUGGAAAAACGCCUACCAGACUCUCCAAUGUGAAUGGCAUCAUUCCUGGAAACACACUCUGGCAUCGCCCACCAACGGUUGGCUGGUACUAUAUGGCCAGCAAUUCUGCGCGGUUCUGGGCCUGGCAGCUUGGAGAGCUUGGAGGUUGGAUGGGUGGCAGCCUCGCGCCCCAAGAACCUGUCUCCCACCUCUAUAUCUACCAGAACCCAAGGAAUGCUCGGGAAGCAGAGGAAGUCUUCCUGAACCACUUGGAACUUCUGCGACGAGACCCUUCGGAAGAGGAUGUGCCCAGACCACCAGUGGAACUUUUGCAACUGCUGCCAUUAGCAGCACUUCUCUGGCCUCCCAGAGAAGGCAGACCACUUGAGGAAGUCACCAAUCUUGAAAAUCCGGAAGCAAUGGCGUUCCCGUUGCGUAGUCUCGGGCAUGUUGUCGGGGAACUCCUUCCCUUGAACGCAUACGUCUUCCAUACCGCCGGCGAUGACAGCAGGGCCCUUCUGGAUAUCCUCAUCUACGUGAGAAGCUGGUUCGUAAGAUCUUCACAGAACGUUCUGCCUGGUGUCGGCCCCGUGAUAUGGUGCAAUCCAGCUCAGUGGAUAAGGGAUGGGAUGGAGAGCGGGAGGUGGAAGAGUUUGGAUGUUGACGGGUUGAGGGGGGUUGUUGAGUCCCCAAAGAUCGAGGGUAUCAUGAGCCAACUCAGGGUUGAUAUUGGGUUUUUCGGCUUUCGGAGGCAGCAUUUCGCUUCACGUUGUUGGGUAACGGCAUCUUUACACUACGGUACCGGCGAGUUUUGA